UAUAUGAUGUCCACUUUAAUUACUAGUCAAAUCAAAUGCUUUAGAUUUUUAUAAUGCACUAUUAUCAAUUCUAUUUAUAUAUAUAUCUAAGAAAAUAACAUCCUAAAAAUUUCUCUACUUUCUAAUUUCCAAACACCAUAUCUUAGUUACCAUUCAAUUUCACUAAUUAAAAACUCCAAAAUCUCAAAAUUAUAACACCCAAAAUUCAUCAUCCAAAACUAUAACCAACAUAAAAAAAUGCCACAAACAGAGCUACCCUUGAAUGAAAAUGAUUCCCAAGACAUGGUUUUAUACCAAGUUCUUAAUGAAGCCAAUAAUACCAUGAACAACUUGUACCAACAACAAUAUCAUCCUCAAAACAUUGCGAAACGAAAUAUGACAUCUUCUACUCCUACAACUACAAUUAGUGGUGGUAUAGCCAAGAGGCACUAUAGAGGUGUAAGGCGACGGCCUUGGGGCAAAUACGCGGCUGAAAUCCGUGACUCGACAAGAAAUGGUGCUCGGCUUUGGCUUGGGACGUUUGUUACAGCCGAGGAGGCGGCGUUGGCCUAUGAUCGAGCUGCGUUUAAGAUGAGGGGUGCUAAGGCCUUGCUUAAUUUUCCUGCUCAUAUAGGAAAAUCAGUUUCAGGGGAUUUUGUUGGGUUGAUUAACAGCUAUCACCCUAGUAAUUUUGUUGCUAGUACCUCUAAUAGUUCUUCACAACAAGUUUGAAAUAAUUGACAUUGAAUUUAUAUUAUCCUUUUUUGUUGGACAUGUAUACACAUGUAUUGUAUGUCUACAAACAUGUUGCAAUUAAAGAUUUUAAUUUUGUAGAAAAGACUUCUUAUUUCAUUAGCUAUAUAGAAAUUUAUUUUGAUCCAUGUUUAAUUACUAAUUGAUUGUUCUAGUGUUCUACAUAGCUACUUCUACCUUAGCAUGUAUGGUGAUUAAUUAUAAUGUUGUAGCUAUGUUGAUCUCAUAUGCUUAUUUUUAAAGACAAGGGCACUCUCUUCUUCUUAAAAAUGGUUUCAUGACUAAUUAUUUGAGCAAGGUUGAUCAAGUCCAAUCAUACAUGUAAAUAUAAGGUGAAAUUGGAGUCGCUUCACUCCACUAAGUCAAGUUCAAAUAAGUUCAUUGAAAAGAGCUGGUUAUUACUAUCUAUCUUAGUUAGAAAAUAGUUCUAACAAAAUUUAGUUGAUCAAAAUUUUCAAGGUAAUAGUUUCGUGAUUAAUUUACUCAUAGAAUUAUGUACUCCUAUAUAGUAAAGUAUGUAGAGUGUGUUGCUCCUUUUUGUAAUUUGCAAUGUUUUAUGAACCACUUAGAAUAGUAAAAGCAUGCAUUUAAUGUCGUUGACUCAUCAGAAAUAAGUGUGAAUAUUUUUUUUUAGGGUGCUUACAAGGGUUAUUAUUGUGAAUAUUGUUUGAAGGCAAUGAGGGCCUAUCGAGUAUAAAAUUCCAUAAUUUGAUAAUUGUUAAAAAGGGAUAAGAGCAUAUGGUUUAACAAAGUUGCAUGUGCAUGGAAAAGGGUGGUGUAUAAGAAGACAUGAAGAAAGAAUAAAAAAAUUUAAUGGAAAAAAAAUAAUGAAAUUUUUUAACAUAGCUCUGAUACCAUGAUGAAUUGUGUUAAUACACCUCGCUCUAACAUCGUGGAUUCAUGCAAGAAAUAUACUCCCUCCAGUUUCAAUUAUCUGCAACAAAGACAACUUUUACGGACUCCUAGGCAAAACUUUUAGGAAAGUUUAAUGACAAGUUAAGGUGUUUAAUUAAGUUGGAAAAAAUGAGGGAAAUAGGAGAGAGAAAGUGGUGCAUGUGACUUAAUUUUGCAUGUGGGUACAUUUGAGUGGGAAAAAGGAGAGAAAAGGUGGUCCCCUUUGUGUAUAAUUAAGAUAAGUUAAACAAAUUUAAAACAAAAAAGUAAGGGUAAUGAUGACUUAUUACACUAUAAAUUUUACUAAACAUAGAAAUAAAAACAUUUGUUGCAGAUAAUAUGUAGCACCCAAUUAUGACAAAUGUUGCAGAUAAUUGAAUGCGGAGGGAGUAUAUUGGACUUCAGCGGUGUAACAAAAGGCAAAGACGCACUUUA